UCAAGUCUCCAAGCUCUUUCAGCUAUAGAAGAUUGCUACCAUUUCUAAUGGACAUGGCGAAGGAUGAUUCUGGUACUUCAAGAAUUGAAAUUGUUGACAAAGAUUUUUCUUGCCAAGUUCAAAACCUGAGUAAUGUAGAUUAUACUGUGUCAUCAGCUCUGAUGGAUACUGAGAAUGCUAAAACCAAGGAUGUUGGUCAACAUAUUGAUGAUAAUAAAUUGUUGGAGAAAAGAGAUAUUGAGAAUGUCAAAAACAACCUUCAUGUAAGGGAGCAGGAUCCGAAUGAUCCCAACAAGAAGUUGCUUCAAACUGAAGAAAAUGUCAGCUCAUUUGUAGAGGGGAUUGCUAAUGAAAAUGGUUUAGCUAGAGGUGAUAAAUCGAUCGAAGAUUGUGUACAGACAACACCGCCUGAUGCCACCAUUUUGAGCGAGAUUCAUGAUCAUGAUGAUAGGGCAAAUGGAGAAAUUAACAAUUUGAAGACUGGGAAUCACAUCCUUGGGCAUCCAGCAAAUGGAAGUAUGUACAGCAAUCAAACAUUCUUGCAUGAGAAUUUGCAUAGGAGUCCUAGAAGAAAUAACACCAUGUCAAUGACUAAAAUGAUUCUUAAUCCAUGUUCUCGCGUCGAAAAUAUUCAAAACUUCAAGCUCCUUCAGCUACAGAAGAUUAUUGCCCUUUCUGAUGGAUGUUGCCAACAGUUCUACCAACAUUGAUCAAUCUCCUAAUAUACGGAAGAUGGAGAAUGAUCAGCAUUCACCACUAUUGGCUUCUUCAAAUAAGGAUGCCUUCUUGAAUAAGAAUGAAGUUGACAUAUUCCAGGAGAAAGAAGCUAAAAAUGAUGAACCAUGUUGUCCAAUUGCUGUCAAGGUCCAUUCCAUUGAUGGUUCAUCUGAUGACGUCUGCCCAGAUUUGUCAACUCCCUUCUCCUGUUCCUGCAGUUCUAAUGGGAAGUCUAACCCUGCAUCUUCUGAGAAUAUCUCUCAAUGUGAUAUGCUGAAUUGUUUGCAGGUGGAAAGUUCUUCAACUUGUACACAUGGUCAAUUGAAUAAUCCCAGAGAUUUGGAAGUAGUACUCCCUACAGCUGAUUUCAGAGUUUGUGAUGGUGAAACUAACUGUUUAACAGAGACAUCAUGCUCCGCCAUUAAGGAUGACUCUUUUGCCUAAAGGAUCCCUACUGGAGUUCUCGCAGCAUGAACAAGUUGAUAUUGGAAAAAACAGCCUGGUUAAGGGCCUGGAUAAUAACAACAGUAAAGGUGCCAAUAUCAGAUCUCUCUCUUUGGACCAAUACUCAUCAGGAGUUGGAGUUUUUUCCUUUCAAGGAACUGAUAGUUCUAUAAAAGGAAUAUUAAAGAGAAAUCCAAGAGGAUGCAGAGGGCUGUGCAAUUGUCUGAACUGUGCUGCCUUUCGCCUGCAUGCCAAAAGAGCUUUUGAAUUCUCAAGAAAUCAAAUGCUUGAUGCUGAAGAAGUAGCUCUGGGUUUGAUUGACGAAUUAGCUGAGCUUCGAAAUUUGUUGGAAACAUCUGCAGUUGAUGGCAGCAAACUUGGUGCCUUCCCCUUCAAUAAGCUUCUGGUGAGAGAAGCGUGUCAAAAAGCAUUGAAAACAGAGCAACAGGCCAAACAACGCCUUGGCCAAAUGAUUGAUGAUCUGAAUGUGCAUUGCAGAAUCACA